GCGAAAAGCCACUACAAAGAUUUUUUCAGAAUCGUAUCUUUGGUUUUAAAGAAACAUUUGUGUUGCAAAACAAAGUUUGCUUUUAAGCAAGAUCCAAUUCCUUUUUUUUCCUGACAGAUUUUUUGACAGAUCCUUGAGAAGUGGAACCAGUUUCUACGGACUUUUCUUGGUGAUUCUAGUUGAUUUCGUUUAGAGUGUAAAAGUCAGUAUCAUUAAAGGGAUCUAAUUGCCAUUGUAAAUAUGAAAAACAAGUACUCUCCUAUUUCAGAUUCUGAUGACUCUUCCAAAACGCUCAAUGAUGAAAAGGCAGAUAGUCGGUCGUCUCCUUCAGAUGGUACGCCUCCUCCGUAUACAGCUUCAAACAAAUUUAUAGAUCUAGAAAUGGCUCCUGAAACAGAAGAAAGUUCUAAAAAGAAAAGAUAUCUGACGCCUCGUGAAUUAGCAAUUGUUUUUGCUAUUUUUAUUGUAUAUAAUGUAUGCUUAAUUAUUGCGAGGGUCAUUCUUCUUGUUUACGAAAUUCCGUUUAAUCAGCUUGCCGUUUGGGUACUUUUUGGCGUUUGGUGCGCUCUAUUUCUGUCAUUGACAAUUGUAACUCAAAUGCCUAAAGAAUGGUUCACGCAAGCUGGAAGAGCAACCAAAAAGGUUCUUAAGAAAUCUGGAAGAGCAACAAAGAAAGUGGCACCAGCUGUGUGUAAAGCCCUAAUUAUACUGAUAAGUUUGAAUGGAGUCGGUGGUUGCGUUUUAAAAUUAUCAGGAGGAUUUGAAUAUAUACAUUCAGCUGCGGUGUCGGUUGUUUUGGCAGUACUGAACAUAUGCUUCUUUGUACUUCUCAUUCAUAACCCAGAUGCAAUUGAAGACCAUGUGCCUACACGUCUAUUAAAAUAGAAUUAGCAGGAAUGGUCCACCUCGUAACGAAGAGAUCGAACUUCAACCUCUUGCUGAGCAAAGGGCUAAUGUUUGAGCUUUUGAUUUUUAUUUAUGAUCUUAAUAAGAAUGCUUUACUUCUUUGUAGUUUGCCACUUCUUUUGGAGCAUCCGUGUACAUUGCUGUCCAUCAAGUGCAUUCGAGUUCACAAACGCAAGGAUCAGACGGGUCCAGCAAAGUUUUAUUGCUUUUCUCAUUCACUCUUUCAUGAAUCUUUUUAAUUCGUCUCGCAAUAUCGUUGUUUACGUAUUGUUCAUUUUCUUCGUGAGUAGAAUCGAACACCCUUUUUAAUGAUUAUUUACAUAUUUUGACGAAAAUUUCCAUUGCAAUAAACUAUUGUUUAGCUCAACACAGUGUCGUGUAAUUGCACGUCUUUCAUAAACGGUAGUCAAGGCCGAAAUAUUGCGAUGUAAUCAUACAGAAGAGUGUUUGCUUCAAAACGUAAACAAGAAAGUCCUUAAUGGAACACACUGAAUUACUAGUAAUCUUACAGACAGGAACAAACGUCUACGGCCGCACCUAGGCAAAAACACCAGACCAGUUCCCGUUCGAUGACUGCAGUAAAGCAUCUGAGGGUCUCGUUAGUUUCGUGCUAUGGUUGGAGACAACAUGGAAAUCCGGGAUGCUGUAGGCUUUUUCGACUUUUAACGUUCCUUUUUCUUUCUUUUCCAAAAUUUUCUUUUAGGUCCGUCAGGUUGAACCAAAAGGGCCUGCUAGCGUUGAUGAAUAAGUGACGCUUCUGUUUAACUAGACCAUAAUCCUGGUAAAAUCCCCGACUAAAAGGAAAAAGAAAUAUGUUUCUUUCUUUCCUUUAUAUAAUAUAUAUUUAUUAAAGCCAUCCCAUUCUUAAGGAGAUGGUCUCGAUAGCUAGUAUGCAAGACGUUCCUCACUCCCAACCGUUCUAGCUUUUGAUCAAAAUACCAGUUUUAUCAAUGAUUACAACGACUGGACAAAGGUAUUGAUAGCGCGAAUUGCAAUCUGAGCAAUCUUGUCACCGUCACCAGCAUCGGGGUCAAACGAACUCACCGUAAGUGAUUUGGGGGUAUACCUCUUGGGUAUCAAGUUCAUGCAGACGAUCAAUUCAGAUUCAAAUAAACCACCAAAAGAUGGGUAAUUGUUAACUUUUCCGCGUGACUCUUCCAAGACAUCCAAAUCGAUAUGAACCAGAGCCGGACUGUAUGACCGCCGUUCAAGUUGGGUAAUGAGCUCGCGGACGAAAUCCACUUUUUUUGAGGUAUCACCUCAAAUAUUUUUUUUGCCAGCACCAAUUACACGUUUCGCUGAACCCUGGAUUGAUCGCGUAGACCACAAUAUAGGAACGGAGAUAGUCAAAUGGCUCAAAUACCGGCACACUUUUCAUUAACGUCUUCCAACUUUCACCUUUGAGUAUGGACAAAUCCAUGGAUUAACAUAGCCGUUCUCGUGGACAUCAGGAGGGUCAAGAUCGUUAUGAGCAUCAUAGUAAAUGAACGCUAAAUCCUUGAUUUUCAGCGCACACGCGACAGCAGAGAUAGCUAUCCAGUUGCCAAACAUAAUAAGGGGAAACGUAUCCUUGGUGACGGCUCGGUAACUGCAAGCGAUGUACGACGCAUAAUCUCAAAACUGCGGCCGAUUUCACCCUCAAAGUCAUCCACGCGAUUAAUUUCCUUCAACUCAAUCUUGGCACCCAGUCGUUCUAGUUUUUUCACUAAUCCCAGCGAUCGAAUUCCGUUCGGACCAUUGCCCACACGGUGAUCACCAAGGCCAACAUAAUAGGGAGAAAAGAUAAUGGCAAUGGUACAGGCGGACAUUAUAAGUUUGAUAUUUAUUUAUUUAUUUUUUUGGAAACAAUCAUUUUGGUAAUUAUAAGCUUUAACCAUAAUGAAAACACCCCAAUUCUUUUCUUUACUUUUAUAUCUUUGUUAAUGGUCUAAACUUUUGUUAUCAGAACACAACCAACUGUUUUCUGAUUCAACCAGUCUAAAAUUUUGCAACUUAUUGUAGACUUGCAUCUACUCUUUGCAAAGAAUGUAUAAAAAGAAAAAGAAAUCCCCAUUCGUAAAAAUCCAAGGACAUCAUCAAUACUACAGAUUUAAAUCGCUAAUUAUUCUGGUUCAUUACUCGCAAUAUUCAUGUCUUUUUGCCUUUUUACGUUGGUGAACCAUGCUGAGCUUGACUGUCAUUCAACCUUGUUUCUUUAUAUUUACGGACAGUUGUUGUCUCUGCAUUUUUACCAUCCUGUUCAUCGGACAUUUGGGUUAUAGGAUAAUAGGAUAAUACAAGUUGGGAAUUACAGAAUAAGCAAUCAUUUGUCAUUUGGAUGGACUAAAAACGCUGGGAUUUGAGUGAGAAAACCUUGCUAGGUCAUAAAGUUCCUUUAUAGCUCCAGUUGAUGGAUCAUCUGAAUACAACUUUUCACCCAAAAAAAUACGUAUUGAAUACCCCUGCUUGCAAUUCUCCCCCUUUGAACAGUAAAUUUCUCUUUUCCUCAAAAGGUAAAUUGAAAAACUCCAUCGCUGACUUGAAAGACUCCUUCCAUCUGUUCUAUAUCAAAUCCAUGGUUUUUCACCAUGAAAAAUCCCCAUUCUAUACAUGCAUUGACUACAUCCUUACUGAGAAGAUUUGUAUUUUGUUCAGACAAAUCUGUCAAGGGUAAAUGUAACGAUUCCACUUGGCAUAGAUUUAGUUAUUCAUGUAAUGAGAGUCCAAAAAAAUGAGAGAAUUCUUAAGGUGA